ACACAUGGCUGUCAGACGUCUUCAGUAGAGUAACGUUAGUCUUUCUCUUUUAGCUUGUGUGUUGCGUUUGGGCAGCCGGUUUGAUGCAACGUGAUGUCGGAUAAGCGUCAGCGUGCCAGGGUCCAGGGCUCCUGGGCCAAACAACCACCAAAGCACUCUGGACCAACAGGUGCGGUCCCAAACCGCCAACCGCCCAACAACAUCAACCCUGAUGCUGCUUCUUGGGGAAGCGGGCCACAGAAAACUCCGACGACAUUUGAGUUUAACCAGCCCACCAAGCAAGUCAGAGAUGUUCCUCCAGUGAAGGUGAUAGAGCAGGCAGGUGUUCACGAGAUCAGCCGCGGACCAGUGGGAGUGUCCAGACUGCGGCUGCUGCCUGGGUUUCUGGCCCCGGAAGAGGCUGACUGGAUGUUCAGUAAGCUGCUAGCGGAGCUUCCCUGGUCCCAGAAGACCAACUACAGGCAGGGUGGUGUCGGCCAAAUGGAAGAGAUCUUGUUGUUCCCAGAGAAAGAACGAGACUCCAUUACCAACAAAGGAAGACAGGCGGAGAGAAAUUGGAUAUCUUUCCUCGGCUAG